AUGACCACAACCAGCAACAAUAAUAACAUCAAAAUCAACACGUACAAAUGCAACUGCAAUCGCAGGUGCAACAGUAACAGCACAGUAACAGCUACAACAGACGCUACAGCUGCAGUUGUCGCUUCAACAGCAAUGUUCAACUUAAUGGUCCGUGGUGUGGUAGCGCUAGCAACAAGGCGCAGCGUCGGCGAAGAUAGUAGCAGCAGUAGCAGUAGUAGCAGCAGUAGCAGUAGCAGCAAUAGUAGCAGCAUCAGCGUCAGUAACAGUACCAGCAGUAACGGCGGGCAUGUACAGUGUACGGUAAAGUACAGUUCAUCGUUGGAGGUGGCGUUACAUUUCAGUGGAAAAACAGCUAAGUCUUUUGACAUACAAUUGUACAGUUUUCGAAUAACGUAA